UCCGAUGUUAAAGUAAAUAUUGUCAUCUGUUCUGGGUGGUUGUGUCAAAAGUAAGAUUGUCAAUUUGGUGAUUUACUUAAUUUAGUUGUAUUGAUAAAAGUAUACAUCAAUAUAUAUUAUUAUGACUUCUCGAAAAUCUGCGAAAGAAGAAAGCAAUAAAGGCAUUGUUAGGCUUAAAAAUACUGAAAAAUCAUCGGCAUCUUCUUCGUUUUUAGAAAAAUGUUUAGGUGAUAUCAGCAAAGCUUCGGCAACGAAACAAAUUUUCUUAGGGGCAUCUUCUGGUUGGAUUACUGGAUAUUUGUCUAUGAAAUUUGGAAAGGUUGUUGCAAUUUCUGUAGGUGGAGGAAUAAUUUUAUUGCAAAUAGCGAAUGAGAAAGGUUACAUAAAUGUGAAUUGGGGAAAAGUGAAUAAAAAGAUAGACAAGAUAGUUGAUAAAGUUGAGGAAAAAAUUACGGGGGAAGGUUCAAGUUGGAUGGACAAGACCGAACGGUUUUUGGAACGAAAAGUAGAUAGAGCUGAAGAUGUGAUUAAGGGAAAAGCAAAAAAGGCAAAACGUUGGUAUUCUGGAUUGAUGGGCGAUUCAGAUUGCCGACUGGAAGAAAUUCAUAUAUUUCUUUUAUCUUUUUGUGCUGGUGUUGCUAUUGGAAUAGCUACAUCCUAAAAUCUAGAAGAUGAUUUAACAUUAAUAUUGAUCAAGUAUUAUUUUCUGAGUGGGUGUUCAAAAUAUAAAUAUGAUUUUGAACACCCCAUAAUGAAUAAUAUAAGUACAUAACACUGUAUUCAUUAUUAGCACAAAACUUUGUAUACUACAGGAUACAUAUUAUUAAAUAAAUUAUAAUAUAAAUUAAAA